CUCAAUUUGUCUCUUUUUUUGCUCACAACGAAACCUUUUAUCAAGCUACAACGUCAUUGUUUAGCGAGUUAUGUAAAAAAAACAGGCCAAAAAUUAGCUCUCACGUGAUACUUACCAUUCGGUUGAAUGGCCCCUUUAAAGGAAAAAAAAUAUUGGCGGUAAAGUUCACUUUUCUAAGUAUUUUUCUCCACUGGACGAAAAUGAGGGGUGUAGCGCGAAUUUGCUCCCCAAUAUUUUUCUUCAAAUGGGCCAUUCAAUGAAAAUAUGUGUCAUGUGACUCCAAAUUUUUGGCUAGAUUUUUUGACAUAACUCGCUAUAAAUUCCCGGUAUAGUUUGGAACAAUUUUUCAACUGUCAGUUUGUCAUAAUAAGUUGACCAUUAAGGUAGCUCAUCAAGACAAAAGUAGCACACAGUUUUUAAUCAUUUCACACAUUGUGGGAAUUCAUUUAAAAAUUUUAAACUGCAAAUUCGCAGAGUAAUUCGUUUCAUUCAAUUUUUUAAAAGAUUAAACACAGAUUAAGACAAAUUUAGUAGGAGGAGAUCUCAACCCCACAGAAAUUUACAAAACUCAUUAAACCAAACUCCAUUAAUGAACUAAAUUUGUCCUCCAAAAUUUUAAAAUAAGUCAACAGAGCAAGGAAAUGGUUAAAAUGUGUGUUUGUUAAUGAAUUCGGGACUGUGCAGAAAGCAUGUGAUCGAUUAUUUCGAUUUAUAAGCCGGGAGGGGCGAUAGGGAUCAGUGCAUCCUAUCCUUCCCAUGUUAAUGAUAACAUGGCGCGUAUUCCGGGGGGUAGGGUUAAAAAUUUGCCGAAAACUGAUCACAUGCUUUAUGCCCAGCCUCUUAUCGAGUUCUACGUUGAAAGUGCACAUGUUCGCCGCGAAGAAUGAGUAAAAUACUACAUUUAUUCGUGGUAUCUCUUUACCUGCCAUUAUGGCUGCUCGCUCCCUUCCUGCUUUUGGCCUUCGCUCCGAUUUACCUGGUCAGAAGUACGGUCAAAUUGUUGGCAUUCGUGUUUAAACCCGGCUUAAUUUCUAUGCUUGCCCCGUUGGACAGUAUGUUCGCGGCGGAUGGGAUGUACAUCUGCCCCAAAAAUACGGUCGUGGGUUGCGUGGUCCUUGACGGAAUUGCGGAUUCGGACAAAAUCCGGGAUAUGUUACGGACAAAUAUUUUGGAAGCCAGGUGUGAAAAAGACCCAGGAAAGUUGAUGUAUCCCGAACUGCGGAGAAAUAUUACGCACUGGUUGGGAUAUCCGUUCUGGACCGAGUGUGAGUUGCCACGUGGUGGAAUCAGCACCCAUGAAGAAGGACACCGCUCUUCUCGAUAUGGUGAACACGUGACUGGGAUUAAAUAGCAAUAUUCUACUCUUAUCAAUUAAAAUAAUUCACUGUACUACAUUUACCCGGCUUGCUGAUAAGAUAUUGCCAUCAUGGCAAGUUAUAAGUCUCCGCACAUGGUAAAAACAUGUGGUUUUACUAGCCAAUCACGUAAACUUAUUGUAAACGUGCUGCAUUUCAUAAAAACAAGUAAAAAACAACCUGAGCUGUUGGACGGGACCCCCACAGACGUCGCAGCUAGAGCACUUAAUAUUUCAAAAAAUACAUUCACAAAUAUUUCAAAAACCGGACUGACAUCACCCAAGAAAAGACCAGGUCGAACGCCAAAAUUAUAUUUUGACGAGUUUGACAAGAUAUCCAUUGCCAACAUUAUAAAGGAAUUCUACAGGAAUAAAAUUAAGUCUCGAUGAGCUGAAAAAAAUUAAAGCCCAGUUGGCAUUUCAACCCUACGAAAAAAACGCCCCCUUGUGGGAGCUCGUUGUGAUCAAGAGGAUAAAGGAUGGACCACUGCCCACUUCCGCAGUCUUGUUCCGGUUUCACCACGCCCUCGCUGAUGGGCACGCGGUGCUUUCACUUCUUCGGAAAAUGAUGAGUUUACCAAAUCCGAAAAUUUCGAAACAACUUGUUCCUGCCCAAGGCACAAGGAAGGGUUUUGAAGCGCUCAGAAUUUUAGGAGCGCCCUACGAUAUUAUUCAGCAUGGAAAGAAGUUUGUCAAUGAUGCUUGGUUUAUUAAAGAUAAGGAGGGUUGGACCCAGGUCGACUAUAACGCACACUAUUCCACCAUAGCUGCCCGAGUCCGCUUCCAUUCCAGUGAAUCAAUCCCAUUCAGCGUAAUUCGUCAGGUGGGAGGGGCUCACGGGGUGUCGGGAACUGCGGUGCUGCACUCGGCCAUGUUGGGGGCGGUGAGGAGGUCGUAUUUUCCGAAUGGGGAAGAAUCCAUUUCCCGCGUAACGGUGCAGACCCCACUCCUCCCCCUGUGGGGAAGGGGACGACGUCUCUUGGGAAAUAAUAUCACGUUUGGAACAUACUCGGCCCACGUGGGGGAACGUGACGUGGUAAAACGUCUCAUUGAAACGCACGAAGGUCUCGUCGCCAUGAAAAGAUCGGCCUGUCCGGUAGCGGUGUCUGUACACGCAUGCUCCCUGGGUUGCUUGCCUCGACCCGGGUUAAGGAGGUUUUUCAGGGGCAGGGAUCAAGAAGAAGAAAUUUUCGUCUACAACAUACCCACUCCGGAAGAAGUUGAUAAUUUUUGCGGGUAUAAAAUGAAAGAGGUCGACAUGACGGUGGGAUCGUAUGCGGGGAAUGCAGGUCUCGCGAUUAGUUUUAUCACCGCUGGAGGCAACUUGAGAAUUGGCGUGCUCGGUGAUGAAAACGUUCUCUAUGGGAUGGAUCGGGAAAAAGAGAUGAUUCAAAAUUUUAUGGAGGAGUUAGAAGCGCUAAAGAAUGCGAUGCCAUUAUCAUUGCCAAACAUACUCAUCAAAUGAAUAAUAGUACUAAUUCCAUAGGAAAAUUUAUUGUGUAUGUAGAAUAGUGUACAUUUAGGCGAAGGUAGAUAGGAACCAAUAAAUAAAUAAAUCUUUGCAAAACCUGUA